CCUCUGUUCUCAACAUGUAUGCAAAGUGUGGGAGCAUCGACUUAGCACGAAGGUGUUUCGAUAGAAUAGCGGAGAAAGAUAUCGUAGCAUGGACCUCGAUGGUGGAAGGAUACGCUGUCCAUGGACUUGGCAUGGAAGCUUUGGACUUGUUCUACCGGAUGAAGGAGGAAGGUGUUAGACCAAACAGUGUCACCUUUCUGAGCUUGUUGUCUGCUUGUAGUCACUCAGGACUUGUGAGAGAAGGCUGUGAGUUGUUCGACUGCAUGAUCACAAGAUAUUGUAUCCGGCCUGAGAUAAGCCACUACACAUGCUUGGUGGACUUGCUUGGCCGAUCUGGGAGGCUUGGUGAAGCUCUUGAUGUGAUCACCGGCAUGAUCGCUGAGCCUGAUGGUCGAAUCUGGGGAGCACUGCUUGCUUCUUGUAGGACUCAUUCCGAUAGUGUUCUUGGAAAUUAUGCAGCCAAGAAGCUUUUUGAUUUGGAACCAGAUAAUAUGGGCUAUCAAGUUGUGUUGAGCAAUAUUUUUGCUGGUGACGAGAGGUGGGAAGAAACUGAAAGAACUAGGAAGUUGAUGCACAGAGAAGAGGUAAGAAAGAAACCAGGUUGGAGCUGUGUUCAGGUGAAGGGGAUGUCCGAUGUGUUUGUUGCAGGGGACAAAUCACACCCUCAAGUAGGCAAAAUUUAUGAGGUUUUGGGGUGUUUGGCAAGGCAGAGUGAAGAAAGCAGAGAUUGUUAACAUUCUCGGUUUCUAUGCAGUUCAUGGAUCAAAAAGAUGAGGCAAAUUUAUGGAAAUCCCACAUAAAACUGUUCAUGAAUGAUAUAAAACAUGGGAUAUGCAUGAGAAGAUUUGAACUGUUAAAAGAAUGGAAGGAAGGAAGGAAGGAUACAAGACAAAAGGCAAGUACGACAACAGCAACAGAGAGCACUAAAACUGCUCCCGAAGCAACAAGCAGUGCCUCACUCAUCUCUGACAAAGAAUAGUCAUUCUUCAUGUACGCCAACCAACAUAAGAUUCCUGCUACAUUUGCGAGCCUGUGCUAGCUAAAGACAACACAAUGGUUCCUAUAAUGCUAAGCUGCUACUCUAUCAUCAGUUACUAUUAUGAUCCAAAUCCACUAAAUCUUUCAUCGAGCUAAGACCGGCAGGUGGACAGAGAUCUCUCUCCUUAUAUCCUUUGGCUUUCAUGCUGUCAUAAACAUAAGGUCUACUGUUUUCCUCUGCAUUCCAGACAGCCAUUAGUCUAUGGAGGGGUGGAAAGUAGUGGAAACCGGAAAGGUUCGUGGCCAGGAGUCCGAAAAGCUCAAAAGAUGGCUUUGCUUGUUAACCGAGAUGUAAACCAGUGAGCUGAGCUGUAGAGAUCCGUGGGGACACCCCACCAUGUGUACAGCCUAUGUCACUUGCUACGAUUGCAGCUUUUAAUUGCCAUCCAUGUGGUCACUCCCUCCAUCACAUUAUGAUACCAGCUCCAUAUGUUCUGCCAUCUCCAACAUUUACUUACUGUACACCUGAAUUAAUAACUUGGAUCUCAAACUGUACCCAGCUCUCACCCACAUUAGGUUUGAUUUCUGCCAUCCUUGCGCAGAGGAAACGAAAGAAACAUUGCAGAAACAGGACCAGCUAUUGGACACUAUUCCUUCUCAUUUGGCACCCUAGAGAAACAAAUAUUGGUGAUUCGUUAGCCUGCAAUCUUUGUAAGGUGUGUCUUCCUAAGCCAUUAAAGUUAAAAUUAUGGUGCCCUUUCUACAGGAAUCUCUUCCUUCUACCUGCUGGCAGAAAUUUAGAAGGGUUGUGAGGUACUGUCUGAUCUAGAAUCAUGUGAAAUACCUUAAGUUCCCAUCUGUCUCUGCACAGACACUGAUGGACUGUAACAACUAUUAUGAGGGAAUUCCACAAGUUUGCAUUCCAAGACAACAGUAAUUUGGGUUCCUUGACGGUGUUAGAUUGCAGAACGACUAAAAGCAAGAACCCAAGAGAACUGUCCGAUAUAUAUACACAUUGCAGCAUGAUGUGGAGGACAGUUCUCUUCAUGUUACACAAAGUGCUUGAUGGUCUUUGUUUCGUCUAAGGAAGAAAAGAAAACAAUAAAAGGAAAUAAAGUCUUUUAGCACACGGGAAAAUAGAAGGGGAACUGAAGGAAUUACAGGAGAUGGUGAAGAAACUUCAGAU